UCGUCCCCACAACGAUACCUCCCUCCCUUUCUUUCUCCCAUUUGUGUCACCCCGCUCUCUCUCUCUCUCUCUCUCUCUCUCUCUGAGUGGAAAUGGCGGAGGGGAAGCCGAAGAGCCAGUCCGGAGUGUGGAGCACCGUCAAGCCCUUCGUCAAUGGAGGCGUCUCUGGUAUGCUUGCCACCUGCGUCAUCCAGCCCAUCGAUAUGGUGAAGGUGAGGAUCCAGCUGGGUCAGGGAUCAGCUGUCCAGGUUACAAAGAACAUGCUUGCCAAUGAAGGGUUUGGCUCGUUUUACAAGGGGUUAUCAGCUGGUUUACUAAGGCAAGCUACUUAUACCACUGCACGUUUGGGUUCGUUCAGGGUGUUGACAAACAAAGCUGUGGAGGCUAAUGAUGGCAAACCACUGCCUUUGCUCCAGAAGGCUGCUAUUGGUCUUACAGCUGGAGCAAUUGGAGCAUGUUUUGGCAGUCCAGCUGAUUUAGCACUCAUUAGGAUGCAAGCUGAUGCAACUUUGCCUGCAGCACAACGAAGAUACUACAAAAAUGCUUUCCACGCACUCUAUCGUAUCAUUACCGAUGAAGGAGUUCUGGCACUAUGGAAAGGUGCAGGUCCUACGGUAGUAAGAGCAAUGUCAUUGAACAUGGGUAUGCUUGCCUCAUAUGAUCAGAGUGUCGAGCUAUUCAGGGAUUCCCUUGGUCUUGGUGAAGUUAGCACCGUGAUCGGGGCAAGUGCUGUUUCAGGGUUCUUUGCAUCUGCUUGCAGUUUACCAUUUGAUUAUGUGAAGACACAAAUACAGAAGAUGCAGCCUGAUGCCACUGGGAAGUAUCCCUACACUGGGUCUUUGGACUGUGUCUUGAAGACCCUGAAAUCUGGUGGUCCUCUUAAGUUUUACACCGGAUUUCCUGUGUAUUGUGUGAGAAUUGCUCCACACGUCAUGAUGACGUGGAUAUUCCUGAACCAAAUUCAGAAGAUGGAGAAGUCUUUGGGCUUAUAGAGUAUUCUUUGACUUGGACUGACGUAAGUUGAUUUUGACUGUUCUGCAAUAAUAACUUGGUGACGAACUUAAGUAGGCUGGUUUUGGUAUAAUGACAGCCUUUUUGUUGAGCAAUGGUGUAGUGAUAACCCAUAGUCAUUGCAUUCUUCAAGUGUUGUGUACAAUUUUUCUGUCCGAGUCAUUGGUAAUAGAAGAUGAUAUCAUAUUUCUAGUUUGUUCAAAUGAAUUCAGCUGUGAUUUUGCUAAUACCA